GGGAGUUAGACCCCAGGGGGAGGAGCAAGGGGGAUCCUCGAGACGAUCUUUCUUCCCUCCUUUGCCCCAGUGGGGAGCGCAGGCAUGGAUGUACUCAGUCCUGGCCAGGGCAAUAAUACCACCUCGGCCGAGGGUCCCUUUGGGGCAGGCGGCAAUGCUACAGUCAUAUCCGACGUGACCUUCAGCUACCAGGUGAUCACCUCGUUGUUGCUGGGCACACUCAUUUUCUGCGCUGUGCUGGGCAAUGCGUGCGUGGUGGCCGCCAUCGCACUGGAGCGUUCCCUGCAGAAUGUGGCCAACUAUCUUAUCGGCUCUCUGGCGGUCACCGACCUCAUGGUGUCGGUGUUGGUGCUGCCCAUGGCCGCACUCUAUCAAGUACUCAACAAAUGGACGCUGGGCCAGGUCACCUGCGAUCUUUUCAUCGCUCUCGACGUGUUGUGCUGCACCUCAUCCAUCCUGCACCUCUGUGCCAUCGCGCUGGACAGGUACUGGGCCAUCACCGACCCCAUCGACUACGUAAACAAGAGGACGCCCCGGCGCGCGGCUGCACUCAUCUCCCUCACUUGGCUUGUUGGCUUCCUCAUCUCCAUCCCGCCUAUGCUGGGCUGGCGCACCCCUGAAGACCGCUCCGACCCCGACGCCUGCACCAUCAGCAAGGACCAUGGCUACACUAUUUAUUCCACCUUUGGCGCUUUCUACAUCCCUUUGUUGCUCAUGCUGGUUCUAUACGGUCGCAUCUUUCGAGCUGCGCGAUUCCGAAUCCGAAAGACUGUCAAAAAGGUGGAAAAGAAGAGUGCAGACACCCGUCGCCGUGGAGCCUCCCCAACUACUCAGCCUAAGAAGAGUGUGAAUGGAGAGUCGGGGAACAGGGACUGGAGGCGAGGAGUGGAGAACAAAUCAGGGGGUGCUUCCUGCGCGAAUGGGGCAGUGAGGCAGGGCGACUACGGUGCCGCCCUGGAGGUGAUCGAGGUGCACAGAGUAGGCAACUCCAAAGAACACCUGCCUCUACCUAGCGAGGCUGGUAGCGCCUCUAGCGCGCAAGGCUCUUUCGAGAGGAAAAAUGAACGCAACGCUGAGGCAAAGCGUAAAAUGGCCCUAGCUCGAGAAAGGAAGACAGUGAAGACGCUGGGCAUCAUCAUGGGCACCUUCAUCCUCUGCUGGCUGCCUUUCUUCAUCGUAGCCCUGGUCCUUCCCUUCUGCAAAAGUAGCUGCCACAUGCCCACCCUGUUGGGUGCCAUUAUCAACUGGCUGGGCUACUCCAACUCCCUGCUCAACCCUGUCAUCUAUGCUUAUUUCAACAAAGACUUCCAAAACGCGUUUAAGAAGAUCAUUAAGUGCAAAUUCUGCCGCCGAUGAUGGAGGA